UUUACUAAUGGUAUAGGCCCCAUACACAUGGAAAGUGUAAAUUCCAAAAGUUAGAGAAAGCUCCUUGUGACCUUUCUAUAAUGAAAGGAACAUCUGAACUAGGGAGUGAUAUAGUGGCUUUGAGUUUGGGGGAAAACUCAACAGAGUUUCCAGUUUAAAUCAUCUGUCUAGUCGGUAUGGCUACCGUCAUGAUGAAAUGAAAAUGUUGACUUUGAGUAACUAAAGGUAAAAGAAAAGAAAAAGGGAAAAGUGAACAGGGGCAAGAAUUAUUUUUGUAUUUAUCUAAUUUGGACUAGGUUGAAAUAGAAAAUGUCAAGUUAUGAGUAGUGUAUAACAGCGACAUCAAACACUUAAAAUCCCAGCUUCCUGAUAUAUGCUGUGGAAAGAAUGAAGUUGAUUGCUGAAGUCUAGCUGGGGAAGAAGGUGAAGAGAAAGCCAUGUCAAGAUGUGGCUUAGGCAGCAAAUUAAGAAGAUAGCCAUUCAUUCAAACAGUAAAAUAAAUACAAUUCAUUCUCCAGGUGCAGAAGAGAGAGCUCUGUUUUCAGCCGUUCACAGUCAAAUGCAGAACUAGGCUAUAAACAACAAACCAUAAUAAAAUAAGCUUUAGGAUAGAGGUACCAGCACGGUGCUAUGGAAUCUCAGAAAAUGAUGCCACUAAAAAGCUAGGAGGUGGAGCUUGGAUGACCUAUCCCAGGGCUGGCCUGGCCCAGAGUCAACUGUUUGAUGCUCAUUUGCAUGAGCGAGCGAGCGAGCGAGCGAGAGAGGAGAGAGAGAGAGAGAGGGAGAGAGAAAACAAUACAGGAGGGAAGACUUCCAUUCUAGAGCAAGUGAUCCCAACUGGGAGGCUGUGAGCGAGCGAGCCACACGAAGUAAAAAUGGGAGGCUUGAUCGCAUGUCCUUCACCAGACGGGUCCAAAAUGACUAUAUAAAGUAAAUACCAUAAAUCACUGUUGUCAGGGCGCACACCACCUCCUCCCUCCCUUCCCCACAGCCGUCCUCAUUUCCACACCCCCUCAACGGUUCAGGGAGAGCUCGUGGUCUAAGUAAACGAGAGGACUUCUGACUGUAAUCCUAGCACGUCACUUCGUUGAAGGCAAACACGUGGUUCAGAGAGAACUUAUAAAUCUCUCCUCCCAGGCAGGAUCGUGAUGUUAUCUGCUGGCAGCAGAAGGUUCGCUCCGAGGGGAGCUCCAGAAGCUCUCGACCAGAGAGAGACAGAGAGAGAGAGGCAGGCAGAGGCAGCGGGAGAGAUACAGAGAGACCGAGAGAGGCAGAGAGAGACACACACAAGGAAGAGCGAGAGCGCAAGUGAAGGAGGACUGGCGAGAGGGAUGGAGAACCUAGGAUAACGGUCUAGGGAGCCAUUCGGGGGCAAACCGAGGGGCUGCCUGGCUGCAGAAAAGAGGAAGGAGAGGAUCUACUGCAGGCUGCCUACUACCCUCGGCGAGAAAGCCCAAGUGGGAGAGAAACCAGGAGUGGGUGGGCAAGGGUGGGAGUCCAAGGGAACCCCUUCGCAACCCCCUAGGAAUAAAACUCCCCUGUCGGCGCGUCCCGGGGCUGCCGCUGCGGUCCGCGGGGGGCGAAAGCCACGGCGGCGGCCGCCGCUCGUCUGUUGCCGGGUUGGCGUUUCGAGCGAGAGGAGAAGGAGCAGAAGGAGGGAGCUGGAGGCCGGACGCGUUCGCCAGCGGCGGCGGCGGCGGCAACGUGGAGUGACCGGGCGGGUCGGCGCGCCGGCCGGGGUGUCGGCCCCCGCGCGCACCUCCGGGAGCAGGAUCCUCGCCGCGGCCCCCGCGGCCCCCGCCGGACGCGGCCGAGUCCCGGGCGCAGCGCGAAGCGCUCCCGCCUCCCCGCCGGGGCCGGGCUCGCUCCCAGCGCGCGCACACGGGCGCGCGCGCGCGCACACUCACACACACACUCACACACGUGUGCGCCCCUCCGCUCCGGAGCUGCUGCUGCUCCUGCUUUCAGCGCCGUAGUGGAAGGCAGGGCCGCGCCGCUCCUUCUUUAAAUAUAUAAAUUGGAGCCGGCCGGCCUCGGCCGCCCCCCUGACAGCGCUGCCCGCGGCCCUCCCGCCGGCGCUCCCGCUGCCAGCCCCGGGACCUUUUCAUCUCUUCCCUUUUGGCCGGAGGAGCCGAGUUCGGAUCCGCCACUCCGCACCCGAAACUGACACACUGAACUCCGUUUCCUCCUCCUAAAUUUAUUUCUGCCUAAUAGCCACUCGUCUGUUUUUUUGCCCCCAUCUCGUCGCUCCAAGAAAACUUUUGCUGACUCCCCCAAGUGAAGCUUCCCCCUUGCCCGUCGUGUAUUAAUAUUUCCACUUGGGGAACGACUUGCCUUUUCUUUUUAAAGGAAUUCAAGCAAGAUAGCUUUUUCUCUCGGACAUUGACUCCCGAUUGUUUGCAAAAGUUUCGCAUUAAAAAAAAAAUCUACCUGAUCUGUACUUUGAGAGUUGUUGGUUUCUUUUUAUUUUUCUUACUUUUUUACUUUUUUAAAAAAAAAUUUUUCCACCUUAAAAAAAAAAAAUGCACUACUGUGUGCUGAGCGCUUUUCUUCUCCUGCAUCUGGUCACGGUCGCGCUCAGCCUGUCUACCUGCAGCACGCUCGACAUGGACCAGUUCAUGCGCAAGAGGAUCGAGGCGAUCCGCGGACAGAUCCUGAGCAAGCUGAAACUCACCAGCCCCCCAGAAGACUAUCCCGAACCCGAGGAGGUCCCCCCGGAGGUGAUUUCCAUCUACAACAGCACAAGGGACUUGCUCCAGGAGAAGGCGAGCCGGAGGGCGGCCGCCUGCGAGCGCGAGCGGAGCGACGAGGAGUACUACGCCAAGGAGGUUUACAAAAUAGACAUGCCGCCCUUCUUCCCCUCGGAAACUGUCUGCCCAGUUGUUACAACACCCUCUGGCUCAGUGGGCAGCUUGUGCUACAGACAGCCCCAGGUGCUCUGUGGGUACCUUGAUGCCAUCCCGCCCACUUUCUACAGACCCUACUUCAGAAUUGUCCGAUUUGACGUCUCCGCCAUGGAGAAGAAUGCUUCCAAUUUGGUGAAGGCAGAGUUCAGAGUCUUUCGUUUACAGAACCCGAAAGCCAGAGUGCCUGAACAACGGAUCGAACUGUAUCAGAUUCUCAAAUCCAAAGAUUUAACAUCUCCAACCCAGCGCUACAUCGACAGCAAAGUCGUGAAAACCAGAGCAGAAGGCGAAUGGCUCUCCUUCGAUGUCACUGAUGCUGUUCACGAAUGGCUCCACCAUAAAGACAGGAAUCUGGGAUUUAAAAUAAGUUUACACUGUCCCUGCUGCACCUUUGUACCAUCGAAUAAUUACAUCAUCCCCAACAAAAGUGAAGAACUAGAAGCGCGAUUUGCAGGUAUUGACGGCACCUCCACAUAUACCAGUGGUGAUCAGAAAACAAUAAAGUCCACUAGGAAAAAAAACAGUGGGAAGACCCCACAUCUCCUGCUAAUGUUGUUACCCUCCUACAGACUUGAGUCACAACAGUCCAACCGGCGGAAGAAGCGUGCUUUGGAUGCGGCCUAUUGCUUUAGAAAUGUGCAGGAUAAUUGUUGCCUACGCCCACUUUACAUUGAUUUCAAGAGGGAUCUUGGGUGGAAAUGGAUACAUGAGCCUAAAGGGUACAAUGCCAACUUCUGUGCUGGAGCGUGCCCGUAUCUGUGGAGCUCAGACACUCAGCACAGUAGGGUUCUCAGCUUAUAUAAUACCAUAAAUCCAGAAGCAUCUGCUUCCCCUUGCUGCGUGUCCCAGGAUUUAGAACCGCUCACCAUUCUCUACUACAUCGGCAAAACACCCAAGAUUGAACAGCUUUCUAAUAUGAUCGUAAAGUCUUGCAAAUGCAGCUAAGAUUCUUGGAAAAGUGACAAGACAAUAAUCAAACAGUGAUGAUGAUGAUGAUGAUGAUGAUGAUGAUAGUGACAAAGGCAAUGUUUGUAACAAGAAAACACGAGAGAGCCUUGCUUCAUCAGUGUUUAAAAAAAAUUUGAAAAAGCGGUACUAGUUCAAACACUUCGGAAGUUUGUGUUCUGUUUGUUAAAACUGGCAUCUGAAACAAACAAAAAAAAGUUGAAGGCUUUAUUCUAUAUGUUACCUACUCUGUAAGUGAGAGAGACAAGAAGCAAAACCUUUUUUUCUUGAGAAAAAAAAAUAAACACUGGAAGAAUUUGUUAGUGUUAAUUAUGUGAAAGAAAAAAAAAAAAACAGGAAAAUCCCGUUAAGUGGAGUUGCUGUACAUACGUUUUUAUCCCAUGCCUCACUUGAUUUUUCUGUAUUGCUAUGCAAUAGGCAUCCUUCCAUUCUUACUCUUAGAGUUAACAGUGAGUUAUUUAUUGUGUGUUACUAUAUAAUGAACAUUUCAUUGCCCUUGGAAAAUAAAACAGGUGUAUAAAGUGGAGACCAAAUACUUUGCCGGAAACUCAUGGAUGGCUUAAGGAACUUGAACUCAAACGAGCCAGCAAAAAAAAAGAGGUCAUAUUAACGGGAUGAAAAAUGCAAGUGACCUAUUAUAUGACCGAGCAAGUCUGCAUGAAGAAAAGACCCUGCAAACACAUGCUCUCUACCAACUGCCGGAGGAAGCUUCUUGUAAGGUUCAAAACUGAAAAGCCUGUUAAUAAAGGAAACUUUCGGUCAGAAUAAGUCUGUAAGAUUUUUUUUUUUCCUUUUUAAUUGUAAAUGGUUCUUUGUCAGUUUAGUCAACCAGUGAAAUGUUGAAAUGUUUUGAUAUGUACUGGUCAAACUUCAGACCUUAAAGUAUUGCUGUAUAGCUAUGCUCUAGAUUUUUCCUUCAUUUCGGUGUAUGUAACCAUACCUAUAUUACUACAAUAGAUGGGUAUAGAAGCCAGUAUAAUUGGAAACACAUCUGCAGAUCUCUUUUGCAAACGAUGAAAUCAAAACAUUAACUACUUUAUGUGUAAUGUAUAAAUUUUUACCAUAUUUUUAGUGUUCUGUAAUAAUGUCAACUCUGAUUUAGAUUGGACUUAAAUUUGGCGCUUUUUAAUGAUCGUUCGGAAUUGUGUGUUUCCUUUAGCUGGCCAGUACUUUUGAGUAAAGCCCCUGUAUUUUGACUUGCACUACAAAUACAUGUUUGAUAGUAUUUGUUCCACCUGUGCUUUUGCAUUGUCCAUUAUUAUGACAUAAGCUACCUGAGUCCACUUGUCCUUUUUUUUUUUCUUUUAUAAAAAGACAUAGUUUUCCUUCAUUUUCUAAGCAUCAUUACUAAUCAGUUCAGACAUUAACAAUCUUCUAUUUUAGGGAAAUUGGGGAUUAUAGAUACAUAGAUAAUUGAGGUGAAAUGUUUUAGUUUUAGCAAGGGCUUAAGGAUCUGACUGGAACUCAGAAUCUUGGUGACUGGGUUAAGAAAGGUUUCUCUAACUUGGUUUAAUCAGUAUUUUCACAGAAUUCUACUGUUACAAAAGAGCAGACAGUUCUUAGGAAACAACUGUUUCUUUAAUCGAGUUUUUAGUGUUCAGGGAGAAAUGGAAAGAUUUACAUUUUAGUUGAUUUUUUUUUUUUUUUAAGGAAGAAAAAAAGCCCAGGUCAGCAUAAGUCAUUUAGUUUAUCUCACUGAAGUUAAGGUUUUUAUAGAUGUUCUUUGAAGGUUGAAAAGGCACUAGGCAAAUUCUCCCAUGAUCAAAAAAUCCUUUCUUUCCUCUGAAUGAGAGUUAUCAAAUCAGAGGUUAGAAUUUACCUUGCUGAAAUACAUGAUUUGCCACAUUUUUGCAGAGGAGGUAACCUUAUGUCAGGGGUUGUAGGAUAUGUCAGUUUGUCAGUUGUCUCUUAUUUAGCUUUAGGAUAACAAUUAAUAGUAAGUCAAUGGAAUAUUUGCAGUUUUACCUAAAGAGCAGCACAAUGAGGUGUGAAUCCAGCGUGAAGUUGUUUGUUUGAUGUAGUGUACUUCUUUUUUGGAAUUUCCUGACCAUUAUUAAAAUGACAAAUUGGAUUUGUUUGAAAACUGGAAAAGCAAGAGAUAGGAUGCCACAGUACCAAACAACCCUUGGGUUGGAUGUAACCCAAUCCCAGAUUGGAGUGUGUUGAUUUUUUUUUCUCUUCCACUUUUCUAUCCAUUCUAUGUAAAUCACUUAUUUCUGCAGGUAUUUUCCUCUCAGAUAGAAUGACAUUUUGUUUUGUAUUAUUUUGUCUUUCCUCAUGAAUGCACUGAUAAUAUUUUAAAUGCUCUAUUUUAAGAUCUCUUGAAUCUUUUUUUUUUUAGUUUGGGGGUUUUAUAAGGCCUUUAUUUCCCAUAAGUAAAUAUUGCUAUGAGAGGGGAGGGAGUGGGGAAAAUGUUAGUGUGUGGGUGGGGCUGGCCUGCAGUUUUUCUGUGAUAAACAGCAAUACGAUUUUAUGGUUGGCAUGAUUUUUUUUUUUAAAUGGAACAUAAGAAUAGCUGUUUUGUAUUUUGAUGACUGAUUACGCUGUAUUUUAACACAAUGUAUGUCUGUUUUUGUGGUGCUCUAGUGGUAAAUAAAUUAUUUCAAUUAUA